UACCCGAUUGCAACCUGUCAACCAGUCAUUCUCUACUGAAGAAUUACGCCAAGCAUCAUCUGCCGUGCUGCCAUGUGAGAACUGGUGUGCUGUUGUGUUGGCGAUUGUCGCGUUCCUCUAGAAGCAGCGCCCCCCCUUUUCAACAUGGCAGCGAGCCUCGAGAUGCAGCCCAGCGAAGGCAGGUACCCUUAAAUGCUUGACUGCUGUUACAAGAGCCGCAUCUGUAUGCUGAAUGCGACCAUGCAACAUGAUUUGGUCGGGUAUUAUGUGACAUUUCGUGCGACUUCACAGGACCUGGAUUUUCCUACAUCAUGCAGAUAAUCAGAAGCCCAGCCCUGAUAUUGAUGCAGCACCUUCGGCCAAUCACAAUCACCUUGCUGCUGCUGCGGCGCAUUCCAUAGCGUUCGGCUCCAGCCCCGCGAUUCCUUGGAGCUUGGGCUGGCUCCAGCCUCACCAUGGGGGAUUGACUAACUAACUCCCACAUCAAGCAACCCUCAAUAGAACAAACAACUCCACUCGAAUUAUAGACACAUCUGCGCGCUGUAUCUCCUCUCUCGCGCUCCUCCUGCACUCUCCUGGUCACAGGAAAGCACGCGGGACAGCGGGAGCCUGAUCACUCGAAAGCUACCUCCUGACCCCGCGUCAUUGCUUCCCGACCCUCCCUCAGAGUCCAUUAGAGUAAGGUUUCCAGGUCCUGGAGCAUCUACAGAACAUAGAAACCCCCGGAGGAGUUCUAGAAGCCAUUUGAAUGCCCCCUUCAUCCGAUCAAGAUCAUAUCAACUCCGUGAACGGUAUCUCCCAGCCCUCGAAGCUGAGUCAGAAGGGAACAUCGUCUGGGGUACAGAUUCCCACGAAGAACGGCAGAAAGAAUGGGACGGCGAAGGAUGGUGGUGGAGGAGUCCUCGCGGCGGUGACAAAGAAUGCUUCGAAGACGUCGAACGCAAAGCCAUCACCAGCUCAAGCGCUCCGCGUCCAGUCACCAGAUAUGAAGCCUACACGGUCUCCGUCCCAUGGGAACCCUAUUACGUCUCCUCUACUCGAUGCCUUGUCUUCGGCAGCUCUAGAUCGCAGCCCUUCUCAGAACACAAAUGAAUGGGCACGGAAUGUUCCCGUCCUUUCAAGCUCUCCAAGCAACUUGAUCAACCUGGGAGAAUCUCCGCCAAAUUUGUCUUACGAGGAUAGACUGGCGAAUUUUGGAUGGACAACGCGAGAGCAGAGAGGCAUCCCGAGCGGUCAUGUUUCUUCAGCAUCUCCACCUUCCUCAAGCAGACGAAGACCACUAAGUUACCAGCUCGAUAAUAAUUUUCCUCAGGGAAUGGAAGAUCAUCGCUCGCAAGUAUCGUCAUACGCCGGACGACGAAGCUCGAUGUACUCUCAGCAUCCUCGAUAUGCUCAGCAUCCACCGCUUCCGCAUCAGGCCCAAGCUCAUUUCUAUGGAGCGCCGGAUGUCAACCUGUUACUUUCUCCACCCAUCCCAGGCCUCGUUCCAGGAGAAAAUGGGUUUUACAGUGGCUUUGAUAGUCUUUCAACCCAACAGUACCUAUCUAAGACGACAGACGAUGUGGUUGUCAACGGAUACGAAGGAGGGCUCAACGUCUAUUCUGUCACGAAGCGAGGUGUCAGCAAACUGUCUGGUAAGUAUAUUCUGAGUAAAGCUUGGCCCGUCCAAGUUGUCAGAGAUUUCGAGGCCCUUCAAGCCAUGAACUAAUUCUCUGCGGCAGGAUUGGAGGGAAUUCGUGGUAGUGUGGUCAAUGCGAAGAUUCUACCAUGGACAGUGCCAGGAUCGCUGAAUGCACCCCUCAUUGCUCUGGUUGUUCAUGGACCAGUCUUGCCGUCAGAUGCAUCUUCCAGUGGCGAUGAUCAUACACCGCCAUCUAAAGACAAGUCAGGUGCACAAAGCGAAAGCCUCCGAGGGUCACCGAGAUUACACGCGCUUCCGGUUGAAGAGACUGAGUUAAUCGAAUACUACCAAACUUCUGUGGAAGUGUACUCGCUGGGUAUGAAAACCCACGUUGCGACCCUGCUUUCGCUACCAAAGACACGCAUCACGUUGCCCACAACCAGCCCAAUGUUCAGAGCACCACUUCCUGUAGGAUCCUUGACGAUUCGAGCAGAUAGCGGCAAUAUCAUUAUAUCAUCCGGGACGACAGGCGAAACCUGGAUCUUCUGUCAAGGGGAUAAAGAAGGCGCACCAGAAAAGUUCAGAUGUAUUGGCAAGGUUUGGACCACAGUGCAGCACGGUGUCACUGUUGAAUCUGGAGCCUCGUAUCCCUUCCCCGAUGAUAGGCAGACGGCGGAUCAAGCUGUAUUUCGCAGGCAAUAUAAAGCUUCGAUUCUGUCUGUGAGCGGCCGUUGGCUCGCGUAUUGCCCACCCGCCUCAGCCUCCCAGAUCUCUUUGCGGGCGACAAUUCACGGAUUGAGCUCUACCGCCAAAGUUCCUGGAGUCACAUCCCACGCACCCCCUAAUUUACCAAACGUCAACUGUACCGUUGACACACCAGGCGGGGAGAGUGUCAUGAAGCAAAUCGUGCAAAUCGGCACCCAAAAGUUCAUCGAGGCAGGAAAUUACUUGACACAGCAGGGUUUAACUGCAUGGAACAACUACAGAAACAAGCCCGCUCAGAAUCAGCCAGCAGUCGGAGCCUCACCCUAUCAGAAUCAUGCAACUAUGGCUCAACAGUUCCCUCCAACUCAUGGUCUUCAAGCUCCAGCUCCCAUUGUAACGAAAGAUCCUGGUCUUAUCUCUAUUCUUGAUCUAGAGGUCUUAAGUCAACAUCAAUCUUCUCCAAGCUCGUCGCCUCACCCGUUGGCGACCUUCCGGGUCCCUCAAGGCUGUAGCUUCUUGUCGUUUGCGCCAAACGGAUUGGCUCUGUUCACAGCGAGCAACAAAGGCGACGUCCAAUUUGUAUGGGACUUGAUGCGUGUCCAGUAUGCCAAAUCAUCCUUCCUCAAAGGUGGACUGCAAGGAACGGGUGUUUUAGGUCCACAUGUGAGACAAAUUGCUCAGUUCUCGCGGAUGACCAUUGCAAGGAUCGUCGAUGUUGUUUGGACUUCGCCUCAUGGCGAACGUGCUGCGAUGGUGACUGAACCAGGUACAGUACAUGUACUUGAUCUUCCAGCUAGUGCUUUCGCCUGGCCGCCACCCAGGCGGAGACCGUCAUCACAGCAAACAUCUGAAGAUAGCAGCGAAAGUAUUGGACAAGGUCUUACUGCUACAGGAGUAGCUACCAGUGCAGUCAAUUCUAUCUGGACUGCUGCCCGACCUUUGGUCAGCCGCCGCCGUCGAAGCAGCGUCGGAGUAUCUGCUAAAACAGUCACUGCCCAGGCUGGCCAUGGGACGCAAGCAUUGGCUGCUGGAAUCAGCAGAUCGGUUGGAGCCGCAACAGGAAAGAUGAAUGAAAUGCGCAAGUCCGCCAACACCAAAUUGCAUCUCCCCCCAAGCUCAACCAUCCCAACGACUGGUUGUGUGUUAUUGCUCAACGGCAAGCGAAAUGAUUCUGUUAUUGCCCUUGGGGGCGGAGUCAUUCGAUUCUACACGAUAAAAAAUCGCCGAGCCGAUCGUCCUGCGGAUAAACAGAAGGCCUCGAGGGGUGCCAAGUAUGUCGAAUUUCGGCUGCCUUCACUUCCAGAUAUUAGGAUACCCGAAAUGACGCGGGACUUCAACCAGAUCGCGGAUCUGGAACUUACCGAGAGGGACAUUGAAGAAUCUCGCUGGAAAGCUAGGUUAUCACCACCUGCCAUGGCAAAGGCUCAUGCAACCGAGUCGUCGAUUCCUCAAGCAGAGAUUGAGUCAAAUGCCCCAUAUCAACCGUUCCACACCGAUAGACGUGUGGGCUUACAUAUCUAUUCUGAAGAAGAUCUAACUACACCACCUUCUCCAUCUGUAUCUGCUCUCAUCUCUCCUCCUCGAGCGCUUGUUGAGGCUAAGAUGGGCCAAUCGAGCGAUUCUCGAUCACCGUGGGCUUUUGGCGGUCCAGUGAACGUAACUAAACUUGACGUCGGUCCACCAUAUAACCCAGAUGAUGACUUUGAUAUCUCUGCUGAUCCUCGAGCUCUUCCGUCCUCGGCUAUCGAACGUGUUAUGAAAGUAACAGACAGUACCGAGGACAUGGAGCAGAUUGUGAUUACCACCAGAAGACGAAAGGGGAUCUCUCGCGCUGCGCCGGAUAGCACUGGCGAUAGCAACGAAGAGGGAUUUUUCGAAGAUGAUUGCGAGGUGCUUGACUUUGCGAGCCAGAGAGUUUGAUCUCGGCCUUUACAUUUGGAGGGGUCUAUUGACGAGAUCACCAAUUGCACUUCCCUUCUUUGCUUGGCGUUCAGUAUAGAAGGUCGGCGGUUUGAUGCAUUCAGCUGGUGUUUAUCUCUACUCUGUUCAUAUGGAAUCCCUAUGGCCACCUCAACGGGUCAGCACUUGCAUACCUACUGCGAACAUUUGGACAUUGCUUGCUCAUUGGAUUUGUUGGCGUUCAGGUGGAUAAGACUUGGUUCGGAGAGAGGUGCAUGGCAUUGAAUUUGCAGAUAGUAAGAGAUACCAAUGCAAUAAGACUUCA